GCAGGUACAUUUGAAGAUGUUGCUUAUCUUUUAAAUCAUUGAAACAAAUAUUGAAAUUAAAAACACAAUAUAAUAUAACCUUACAUAUAAAUACAAACGUAUUACUAAAUUAAAAGUGAUUCUUCGCACACUUAAAUUAGUUAUGCAGUUGCAAUUGUGGAGUAAUUUUGACCGUGGUUAUAAUUUGUCUUGGCGUCCCAGUAUGGAAUAUAAAAGUGUUAAAAUUCUACCCUUAAUCACACAAUCAACAUCUAAUUAUGCAUCAGAUGUUGCAAAUGAAACAAAUUCAUUAAGAUUUCCUAAUUUAGAGACGGGAUAUAAAUGUGAUGCACUGCAUGCUUCAAAAACUGUUCUACAUACGCGAUAUACACCAAAUGAAUGGUUUCAGAAACAAAUGAAAUAUUAUAACGAAGCAGAUGCAUGUAGAUAUUCAUCAGAGAGAGUGAGAAACGAAACUUUGCGAAUUAUUAGAGAUGCUGAAGAGAAAGUGCAAUCCGGACAAUACAAUACCACCAGACGACUUGGUGAAAGAAUAAACGAUGUCAAUUUUUGGAAGAACGAAAUAACAUUGGAAUUAGAAAGGUUACUUCAGGAAAUUGAAAAAUUGCAAGAUUGUCAUUCUGCUUUAGAUAAAGCUAUCAAAGACAUUGAAGAUCCAUUACAUAUAGCAGAAGAGUGUCUUUAUCAUAGAGAAGCUAGGAAAGAUACAGAACUUGUACAUGACGAUUCGGAGAAAUGUUUAUUUAGGGAAAUAGAAAUCUUAAAUAAAAAUAAAAUAAAAUUGGGAACUUACUUAGAUAAAUGCAAGGAUCAGCUACGGAAUUGCAGAAUCUCUCAAUAUCAAUUAGAAUUGGACCUAAAGAAUAAAGAAAAUGCAUUAGAUAUAGAUACAAUGUGUCAUCACUUGAACAAUUACAGUCACGGACUGCAAUAUUAUAAUGGAAUUGAAAAAUAUGAUGCAUGUUUUGUUGAACAAGAUACAUGGAUACACACUGCUAAUCAGAUAGUUCAGAAAUCACAGACAGAGAGGAAUAAAUCUUGCCAAUUAAAGACAAAUGCAGAAGCUCUUAUGAUUAAAAUUACACAAGAAAUGUGGGAUGCAUGGAAUAAUACGAACAAUGCUUUAGCACAUAGAUCUUCUGAAUUACUUGAAGCUAAAAAUAAACUUCAACAGCAUUUACAAAUGAUACAACAAGAAAUCUUUGAUGUUGAGAAAAACAUGGAGUUGAUGCAUAAAGCUAUUGGAGAUAAGAGUUACAUACUGAAGGUAGCACAUACUAGAUUUGAAGGUAGAAUGCAUCGCCCGGACAUAGAGCUUUGUCGUGAUUAUGCGCAUAUAAGCCUUCAGAAGGAAAUUGGAGAAAUAAAUCAUCAAAUAGAAAGAAUGCACAGAACAUUGAAAGAACUAGAGAAUCAACAUCAGAAAUUAUUAAAAACACGAACAAUGCUGGAGCACGAUCUUAUACUAAAGAUUGACGCAAUACAUAUUGAUCGAGAAAAAGUCUCUGGUCUUAGACGUGCUUAUCCAAUUAAUAUUCUUUUUAAAUGUUAAUGCUUACCAAUAAAUACAUAGUUAUUAUUA